AUGUCUGAAGUCCAGAAGACUGUUGAGGAGACCCCCGCGGUCGUCCCUGCCGUUGAGACUGCCGUUGAGGCCCCUGUCGCUGAGGCAGCGGUUGAAGCUCCCAAGGAGACCACUGAGGCCGCCGAGCCCACUGCUACUCCCGCUGUUGAGAGCACCGAGACUGCCGAGCCCGUCAAGGAGGAGGUGAAGCCAGCCACUGAGGGUGUUCUGGGCCACAAGGGCCCUGGUCUCGUCAAGGGCUUCCGCUUCGCCAAGCGCUUCUUCUACUUCAACGAAGAGGCCGUUGAGAGUAAGCAGCUCUCCGUCUUCCAGCAGAACGAGAAGGCCGCUGUCGCCAACCCUACCGCCGCCUGGGCCAGCCAGACCGGAAAGGGUCUGCUUUUCUUCACCAAGCGCGCUGAAGACAAGGCCACACCCGCUGGCAUUUUCAACCUCGCCGAUGUCUCCGAUGUGACCAAGGAGGGUACCAGCGAGUUUCUCUUCAAGGUUGCUGGCCACAAGCACACCUUCCAGGCCUCAAGCGCUGCUGAGCGUGACAGCUGGGUUCUCGCCAUCGAGACGCAGGCCACCGAAGCUAAGGCCGAGAAGGAGACCAUCAUCUCUAGCGAGGGUUACAAGGCCGAGCUCGAGAAGCUUACCAAGCCUGCCGUUGUCGUUGCCGCCGCCAAGAAGCCCGAGGAGAAGAAGGAGGAGACCCCCGCUGUGGCUGCUGAGGCCGCUCAGGAGGAACCCAAGGAAGAGAAGAAGGAGGAGAAGGCCCCCAAGAGCCGUUCCCAAUCCCGCAAGCGCACCAGCAUCUUCGGUUCCCUCCUCGGUAAGAAGGACGCCGAGGAGAAGAAGGAGGAGACUCCCGCUGCUGAGGAGACCAAGGCCGUCGAGCCUACCGCCGAGCCUACUGCUGAGCCCUCCGUCGAGGCUGUUGCCCCUGUCGUUGCUGAGACCACCGAGGCUGCUGCUGCCCCCGCUGAGGUUGUUGAGCCUACUGCUGAAACCCCUGCUGAGACUACCGAAGCCGCUAAGGAGGAGGUUAAGGAUGAGAAGAAGGCCGAGAAGAAGGCCAAGCGUGCUUCCAUCUUCGGCAACUUCUUCCAGAAGGUCGCCAGCCCCUCCCACGAGAAGUCUGAGAAGGAGGCCACUGCCCCCGCUGCUGAGGAGACUCCCGUCGCCAGCACCGCUCCUCAGCUCGAGAACCCAGUCGAGGAGGCUGCCGUCAAGCCCAUCGAGACCGAGGCCGUGACUGCUCCCGCUGAGGCCGUUGAGAGCCCUGUUGCUGAGACCCCCGCUGCUGAAGCCGUCUCCAGCCCCAAGGAGAAGCGCCGCACCUCGUUCUUUGGCAACCUCGGCAUCAAGAAGGAGAAGAAGACUGACUCCUCUGACAACGAGGUCACCGAUGGUGAGGCCAAGGAAACUAAGGCCAAGAAGCUCGGUGGUCUUUUCCGCAAGCCCAGCAAGGCUGUCAAGCUUGACAAGGAGGAGGUUACUGCCACCGAGACCGAGGCCAAGGCCGAGGCCGCUGAGGAGGCUCCCGCUGUCCCUGCCAAGGAGACCGCCGCUGAGGCCCCCGCUGUCGUCGAGGAGGCCCCCAAGGCUGUUGAGACUGCCGAGGACCCCAAGAAUGUCAACGUUGCCGUCGCCACCCCUGUUCAGGCUGCCGCAUGA